AUGCCUGUCAUUGCACCUGGUUGUCUCUUAGCUGCACCUUCACUUGUUCUAGCACCGGCAGCUAGGUCACCUGGUUUUAUUAAUGGUCUUGUUGGUGGUGGUGAGUCGGAUCACGUUAAUGACGCGAUGUGGAAAGAUGAUUCGGACAAUGAGCCCGAUCACAUAUCAGGGGAUAGUGAGGAGGAGACUCCAGUGGCCCCACCUGCACCUCAAGGGCCAUCCAUGAGUCAACAACUAGAUGCGGCAUACACCUUCGAGGGCAAUACUUCUGGGAAAUUUCAGAUUGACCAAUCUUUCCAAACUAAGGAAGAAGCUGUGAUGAGUAUUAAGGAUUAUAGCAUUUGUUGUGGAGUUCAGUAUCAGGUUAUGGAAUCAAAUCAUCUGAAGUAUGUUGGGAGAUGCAAGGAGUUUGGAAACGGCUGCACGUGGAUGAUCCGCGUGGCACUUCGGCAGCGCAAGGGUUACUGGGAGGUUAAAAGGUACAACGGAGCCCACACUUGCCUAGCCACUUCGAUUUCGAGCGACCGCCGACAGCUCAAUUACCACGUAAUUUGUGCGAGGAUCUAUCCGUUGGUCAGGGCGGAUGCAUCGGUUACGAUAAAGGUGUUGCAAGAAACUACUGAGUCAACCUACGGAUUCAGGCCUAGUUAUAGGAAGGUGUGGGGGGAAAACCAGAAGGUAGUCGUACAGAUUUACGGUGAUUGGGAAGAGUCGUAUGCCGAGUUAUCCCGGUGGAUCCUUGAUAUGCAAGAAACGAUGGACGGAACCAUAGCUUUGUUGAAGACUUCUCCAGUUCAUGUAGGUGAUGAGGUUGAUGAGUCUACAGAGUACUUUUAUCGACUUUUCUAG